CGCCUCCGAUGCAAACAAAUGGGCAACCAUGAGACCAACCGUCAUAAGGCUACAGACACUGCCAGCCAUGUCCUGCAUGUAAACAUAUGCUGUUUUUUUUAGCCUUUUUAGUCACUCUCAAUUAUAUUUUUGCUUCUUUUUCCCACCGUCAUUAUUUUUCUGAAGGUGUGAAAACGUUGUUUGUGCUUCCCGAAGCAGCGGCCAUGUGUGUUAGUGCACUGGGGAAAUGGAGGUCUGACGUUCGGUUACUGCUGUUGUCGGUAAUGAUGAUGCUCUCCGUCUCCGGUUGUUCAAGCAUGGAUGUAAAUGUGCCCAAUAAAAUCCACGUCAUGAAUGGAUCAGACAUCAAAAUCCCGUGCAGUUUCACUUCCUGCUAUCAGAUAGACACAAACAAGUUUGUCAUGAACUGGACCUACCAUGAAUCAAUCAACGAUACAGAAAAAAUGUUUUUGGCAUACGAUAGGAAGAAAGGAAUGGUGGCUUUGCUUCCAGAGCGCUUUGGAGAGAGGGUGCUAUUUGCGGGCAACCUGGCUAAGAAUGACCUUUCCAUCACUCUAUUAGAUGUUCAGGAGGAAGAUGAAGGGAUUUACAACUGUUACGUGAUCAAUCCCCCGGACCGCAUACAUGGACACGGGGCCAUCAACCUUAAAGUUUCGACUGAACUUCCCCCCCCGAGAGACUCGACGAUCGCCGUUGCAAUCGGGGCAUCGGUGGGCGGAGCGCUUGCUCUCCUCAUCCUUUCCAUGGUGGUUGUGAAAUUUCUCCGUCAUCAUCUCAAACAGGAUCUGACCUCAGAGGAGAAGAUGGAGGAGGAGGGGAAAUUAGAGGCCGAAGGUGCCGCAGAUGAGGGGACAAAACAAACUUAAAUGGGUCAUCAGAACAAAUUAGGAGCCUGCAGAGCUGUCGACCCAGCACGUCCCCCUGAAGAUAUUGUGUCGUCAUUCCUCUGUCCAGAACAACCACUGACUGAAUCAUUCACCACCAAGUGCAUCUGUUCCCUCUGCAUGUUUGUGUGUUUCAGUGGACACAAGUGUGUGCGUGUUUGUGCUUAAGAAAGAGAGAGAUGUGUGUGUGUUUGUCUCUUUACAGACACUGAUUACAUCUACAAUGGUAACUACUGGUACCGUAUUUUCCACACUAAAAGGUGCACCUGAAAGCCUUCCAUUUUCGUAGAAGCUCACAGCGCGCCUUAAA